GAGGAGGAGCAGCGAAUAUUCAGCUAGGCGAGCCAGUGGGGUGAGAGUACUGAUAAUGAUUAUGGCGCAGUGCUGUGAGCUUCCCACGCUCUGUAGUUAAGUACAAUCGUGCAAGUAACGUGAAAAGGCUUGCGGUUAAAUGAAGCCGCGAUUUUAAAAACAAAAGCUUGUGCGGUAUCUUUCUUGAAAAGAGAGGGGGAGUCGUAAGUCGGCCCGCCUGGUAGCGGCAGUGACUGUGCGUGUUCCCGGUGGGACGGCGGCGUUAUUGUUUAUACUCAGCUGCUGAAAAAGGCAGGCAAGCAGGCAAACGCCGGUAUCACCACUGUUACCGCCGCGCCGGCUGCGCGCUGCGGAUUGCCCCGGGCAGCGUUUACUGAGUGGGUAUCGGGAUCGCCAAUCGCUGCGAACUGAUCGCUUUUGCAGCGCCAACAUGGCCGCAACAACGUUUGCAAUUGACGGCAGUAUCAUGGAGGGGGGAGGACAGAUACUAAGAGUAUCCGCGGCGCUGAGCUGCGUCCAGGGUGCAUCUCUCUCAAUUAGUAAAAUCCGAGCUGGCAGGAGUACACCGGGGCUAAGGCCUCAGCACCUGUCCGGCCUAGAGCUGGUGCGGGACCUGUGUGGCGGACACCUGGAGGGGGCAGACGUUGGAUCGACAGAAGUCGCGCUGAGUUCAGGGAAGAUCAAGGGAGGGAGUCAUGUCGCCGACACAAAAACAGCAGGGAGUGUGGGGCUGCUGCUGCAGGUGUCCCUGCCCUGCGUGCUGUUUGCAGAUGCCCCCUCCGAGCUCUGCCUGAAGGGAGGCACCAAUGCCGAGAUGGCCCCCCAGAUCGACUACACCAUGAAGGUGUUCAGACCCAUGGUGGAGAAAUUUGGGGUGAAAUUUGACUGUGAAUUAAAGAUGAGAGGUUACUAUCCCAGGGGUGGAGGAGAGGUCAUUGUGAAAACCAACCCUGUGAAAGAGCUCUCUCCUGCCAGCCUCAUAGAGAGAGGAAGCAUCACCAAGAUCUAUGGAAGAGCCUUUGUUGCCGGUGUGCUUCCCCACAAGCUCGCAAAAGACAUGGCGACCGCAGCUGUUCGGCAAAUCAGGAAAGAGAUCAAAGACCUGUACGUCAACAUCCAAGCGAUGCAGGAGAAAAAGGAGGAAGCCUUUGGAAACGGCAAUGGCAUCAUUAUCUUUGCAGAAUCCUCCACUGGCUGCGUUUUUGCUGGGUCUGCUCUAGGGAAGAAAGGCGUUUAUGCAGACAAGGUUGGGAUUGAGGCAGCAGAGAUGCUCCUGAGGAACGUCCGGCACAAUGGCUGUGUGGACGAGUUCCUGCAGGACCAGCUUAUUGUCUUCAUGGCAUUGGCAAAUGGCACCUCCAGGGUUAGAACUGGACCUGUUACCCUGCACACACGCACUGCCAUACAUGUUGCCGAGCAGCUGACUAAGGCCAAAUUUACCAUCACCAAGGCAGAAGAUCAGAACUCUACCAAUGAGACUCAUAUAAUCGAGUGCCAGGGAGUUGGGAUGACAAACCCACACUUCUAGAUAAUUUGGUAGCGCAUGACCUUACUGUAGCGUGCCCACAGCGCCGUACCAUGGAGUCUGAGCAAAGGACUGUGUUUCUCAAGUAUAAGCUGUAUAAAAAUUGUAGUCAGGGGACUUUUUUUUUUUGUUUGUUACAAUCCUAGGUUGUUCCCAGCACACUCUCUGAACUGGAUUUCAGUGAGGUGAAAGCAGAGAUGUGGUACAAAUUUCACAAGCCUUUUUUUUAACUCCUUUGAACACCUAAAAGCCUGUGUUGGUGGGCCCCUAUUGACUACUGCCGGUACUCAGGGGAUUGCCUUACAAUAAAAUUAUUCUUGGAAA